CAGCGGCGCCUCCCGCAGCCUGACAGGGCCCCAUCCCCCCGGGGGUGCGGGACACACGGACCCGCUCCGGUGGAACCGCCCCGGACACCCGCGUUCCCCCGCCCCGCCACCCGGAAGGCGUUUAGAGGUCAUGGCGGGCAAGAUGGCGGCGCCCAGGCGGUGAGGGGAGAGGAGAGAGGAGAGGGCGGCGGGAGCAGCGGGGCCAUGAGCGCCGCCCGCCGCUGCCGCCCGCCCCGGGCCAUGGCAGGAUUAUUUGUCUGGCACCUGAAGAACACUGGAAUCCGGCAGGUCCCAUGCCAGUUUGUGCACCUGUGCCGUGCCGCCAAUAACAGAUUGAUUACAUUUCAAUACUUUAACUUUCUCAAACGAAUGUAUGUAACACAAUACAACAAAGACCUCAGCCAACGAGCCAAACCUAAGUCCGACUCAGUUGCAUCUCCUUUUCGUGAGCUUCAGCAAUUGGAUCAAGAAAAAAAGGUUAUACACAAGAUUAGCCCAAUUUCACCUGCUCAUCAGCCUUUGUCUGAGUCAUCGAGCAGAAAUGAGUUGAGAGAAGUGGCCUCAGCUGCAGAAACUGAAGACUCAGUCACACCAGUAAGAGCAGAAUCCAAAGAAGACAGACAGUGGAAAGAAAUGAAGCUACGGCUGGAUGAUUUGCCAGGAAUUUUGGCACGCUUGUCCAAAAUCAAGCUUACAGCUCUGGUUGUGAGCACCACAUCUGCCGGCUUUGCCAUGGCCCCGGUCCCAUUUGACCUGACCUGUUUCCUGCUCGCCUCCCUUGGAACCGGCCUGGCGUCCUGUGCUGCCAACUCCAUCAACCAGUUCUUUGAGGUUCCGUUUGACUCAAAUAUGAACAGGACAAAAAACAGGCCACUGGUGCGAGGACAGAUCAGCCCCCUGCUUGCCGUCUGCUUUGCCGCCUCCUGCGGAGUCCCAGGCAUCGCGCUGCUGACGCUGGGGGUGAACCCGCUCACCGGCGCCCUGGGGGCCUUCAACAUUUUCCUGUACACGUGUUGUUACACGCCCAUGAAGAGAAUGAGCAUCGCCAACACGUGGGUGGGAGCUGUCGUCGGGGCCAUUCCCCCCGUCAUGGGCUGGACUGCGGCGACUGGCAGUCUGGAUGCUGGUGCGUUACUGUUGGGGGGAAUCCUGUAUUCCUGGCAGUUCCCCCACUUCAACGCCCUGAGCUGGGGUCUGCGGGAAGAUUACUCGCGAGGAGGAUACUGCAUGAUGUCCGUCACCCACCCGGGGCUGUGCCGGCGGGUGGCUCUGCGUCACUGCUUGGCCUUAAUCGGACUCUCAACGGCGGCUCCUGUUCUCGACGUCACCACGUGGACUUUCCCCGUCAUUUCGCUCCCUCUUAACCUGUACAUCUCCUACCUCGCCUUUCGGUUCUACAGGGAUGCCGAUCGCAGCAGCUCCAGGAAGCUUUUCUUCUGCAGCCUGUGGCAUUUGCCGAUGCUGCUGCUCGUCAUGUUCACCUGCAAGAAGUCGUUCCUAGAGAAGGAAGACAAAGGUGAUCUGCUUGGUGGAAAUCAUGGGAGGGCUGUGGAAAUUGGAUUGCCUUAAAUGUCAAUUACUUGUCCUCGUGACGCAUCAGGUAGUAUAUUUUAGUAAUUACAAGGGGGAAACCUGUGAGGAUCUGCUUGAAGAAGAAUCAUUUGUGCCUAGCGACCACUUCAUGCGAUAAUUUUCUAUUUUCUUCUGCAAGGGACUAGACGUGAGAGUUUAAAGCAUUCACGGGCUUCAGGCUUGCUCACUCAUCACGGAUUUAGCCUGUGUCAGAAGCACAUCACUUUGGGGUGGCCUUCCAAAGCCUCCCUGAGUCGUGGUCUCUCACUUCGUGGGUAGGUUUUCAUUUAGCAAGUCACAAGCGCACACGUACUGACCGCCAGCACUGGCAGCCUUGGCGAAGCCGUCAGGAAGCGACAAAUGAAUGAUUUAUCACCCCUGCUCCCCAAGUAUCCUUUCCCAAUUAAGCUGUGAGGCACAUGGUGGGUCGGGUGAACUCUUGGCCCGAUCCAUGCCAUCCCCGCUCUGAUAUUACACAGAAAUCUUCAGUUUCUGAGGCUUUUUUCAAUCGGUUACUUUUCCUAAGCUUCCCAUUCACCCCAGUAGAUUUUUAGCUUUCAUACAGCUGGCACAAUGCUAAAGGAGGAAAGCAAACUGUCUUUCAGCACAUUACACAUCAGCAUUUAAAUGAUGUCCAGAUGAACAGCUCUUUUGUUGCGUAUACCUUGAACACACUCUGAGCCGUUCUGCUGAACAUCCAUCACGGGGAAUUUCUGACUCCUCGGGGGUUUUACAUCAUUAGAGUUUGACCCUUGUGUGUCAUAUCUUCAGCUGGUAAAAAAUGCCAUUACUGUUUAUGUUGGUGAAGCUUUGAAAAGGUGCAGGAGGUGAGAACCAGGCUCAGAGUCUGGUAGUUUUAAGGCUUUUCUGUGCUAGUGUGUCUUGUGCCAGCCCAUUCAGUCUCAGUGUCCUCGGGGGAGCUCUGGGCUUCCAUCAGGAGUUUGAACUGUAUUUAAUAUUGCACAGUGGUUGCUCAGAGGGAAGGCUUCACUUUUGGGGUAUGUAACUGGUAAGCAAACACAUUUUUCAGGAAAAAAAUUGAGGUUUUGUAUCUAAUAUAAUAAUGUUCAAGUUGCUGAUGCAGCCAGUGUCUCUCAAAAGCAAUUAUUGUGGAUGUUCUCACUAGGAAAAUGUAUUGUCUUUGUCAGCUGAUGCGCUGAAGAACAUUUCUAGCCACAGUUUAAUGUGCUCGGGGUCCCAGUGUGGGGCUGUGUCACCGUCAGCCUACCUGGGGCUGUGACCCGCUGGAUCCUUCCCAACAUCCAGACACAGCAGCACCCGCGGCAGACUAAGUCUGUGCUGUGGUUUAGUGUGGUAGUUAAUACCUGUUACAACUCGAUGCAUUCUCACGCCGAGAUUUCUUUCCCAUGUGGAGAGGGACCGGGCAGCACAGUUGUGCAUCGAUCCCAAGAUCCAAUAACACCUGAAAUGGGAGACACUGCUCUGAUCCCGAAUAAAACCCUUCAGGAAAUGUCACAAAUCUGCCACCGCGUGCGUAUCACGCUGACAUACAAUCCGCACUGCCCGCUUUCAUGAUACAAGCCCGACUUCUGGUCUCGGUUACACUGGCGUAAAUCAGGAGUGACACGGUUAACUGCUGGCGGAGGUGCUCGCAGGAGCAGAGCCACCUGUUUUACAUGGCUCUUAAAUAAUCGGGUGCAAGAUUUUCUGACUCUCUCAAGUGAUGCAGAUGAUAGGAUUGAGUUCCCUCUUACUGUUUGUCUGACGGUCUCCGUUGUGCUCGAGUUACUGUGGGCAACGCUUUGUAGAAACGUCUGGAAACUGUGCAACUCCUGAGUUUGUUUUAAAAAUGCAUCCAGUCUUCUCUGCAAUAAAGUACGUACUGUACAAAAAAUAAAA